AUACCAAAAAAAAGAAGAGAAAAGAAAAAAAAAGUGAAACUUCUCCCUUACGCCAAAUUUCAAAGUCAAGUCAAUGACUAACUUCGUUGCAUUACAAAUUCGACACAAACCAAUCACUCAUAACCAACACUCUCUGCUUCAGUGCUGCUUCUUCUCUUUACUCUGUUUCUUCAUCUUCCUCUUCUUCAUCAAUCAUCAUCAGCUUCAUCACCUUCUUUUUCUUUUUCUUCUUCUUUAACCAAAGCUUUAAACAAUUUUCAUCUUCAAAAAAACAAAAACAAAAAUGGCUAGAAGUGCCACAAUUCCAUUUCCAAUACUUGAUUUCAUUCCUGUUGGAUUCAGGUUCAAGCCAACAGAUGAAGAGCUUGUGAGCUAUUACCUCAAUCACAAGCUCCUAAAUGACAAUUUUCCAAUCGAUAUUAUCCCUGACAUUGAUCUUUGCAAGGUUGAACCUUGGCAAAUUCCAGCAUUAUCAAAGGUAAAAUCGGAUGAUCCAGAAUGGUUUUUCUUUAGUGGACGUGAUUACAAGUAUGGAAAGAGCAAAAGAUCAAACAGGGCAACCAAAGGAGGAUAUUGGAAAGCCACAGGACAAGAUAGAUUCAUAAAGGAAAGAGGAACUAUGAAUGUAAUUGGGAGCAAGAAGACACUUGUUUUCUAUAGUGGCCGUGUUCCUAAUGGUGUCAAAACCAAUUGGGUUAUCCAUGAGUAUCAUGCUACUACCUUUGAUGAUAGCCAGAGGAAUUUUGUUUUGUGUCGCUUGAUGAAGAAAGUCGAGAGAAAAUCCGAAGAUGGAACUGAUGCACAAGCCUGUGAUGAGGGGGAACCUAGCACUCACAUGGAAGAAGCAGAUGAGAGUGUCUCAACUAUGUUUGAUUCGCCAGAUGUGGACAUGGAUUCAAUCUUCCACACACUGCCUCAAGACAGAUCAUCAUCACAGCAUUCUCCAGUCGGCAUUGAACAGCAAGAAUCCUUCCCAUUCUCCCCAUCUGAAAAUUAUUACCUUGUAAAUGAAGAUAGCAGUAUGCAUAUACAAUUCGAAACAAACGAAGAGAAGCAAGAUGCUGAGAAAUUUGCGGAUUCGAUUUUGGAUAGUGGCAAUAUAGCUAUGUUUGAAGAAAGACAGCAGCAUCAUACUUUCAUGAAUAAUCACCUCCGCUCGGUCCCAUCGAUGAGGGUAUGCUAUGAAAGCAGUGACACAGAUGCUGAAGUAGUCUCUAGACGGUUGGCACCUUAACAAUACAUCAGUGCAUAAAGUGGAGAAAAGGGCAGGGAAUGGAAAUUAAGAAAAUACUUCAAAAGCAAUAUUUUUCCUGGAUUCAUGAUCCUUCUUUGUUUCGAGCCCUUUCAAGAACUGACUUAUAGCAUGCUCGGUUUAUGCUACUGAUGCAACCCAACCAUGGUUUUAGGUUUUCGUAAGCUUAUACCGAGCAUGCUAUAUGAAACCGAAGGAGUAUACUUUUUGGUGGCCCAAAACCAUAGUUUGGGAAACAACUAUAUGGAGAUAAGUUUAGCUGUUUCUCAAACCAUGGUUUAGAGUUUCCAAAAGCUAAAUCAGCCAUGGUAUCCAUUAAUUCUCUGCUGAAAUUAUAUAGCAUGUUUAGUUUAGUUUUUGAUGACCCUGAGCCAUGGUUUUAGAAAAAGUUCAUCUUAAAUAGCUUGUUCCAAAAUCAUGGUUCGGGGUUUUUAAAAACUAAUCCAAACAUGCUAUUGAUCCAUCCGUCCGCUUCUGAAAUUAUACAGUAUGGCAGUAUUCCUGAUUCUUCAACAAUGUGUAAUGAUCAGGCUGAUUCAAGAGAAUACCAUGUAUCAAAAAUGGUUCAAUCAUCACAUAGUGCUGCGCGCACAGAUAAAACUAGAAGUAUCUCUUCAGAAGACUUUUGGGGAGUGGAUUCAUCUUCAUGUGACUCAAAUGCAGA